UGGGGGGCUUCGCAGGCCGGGCUGGGUCGGGCCCACAGGCCGGGCGCCGGGCCCCCGGGAGCGCUGGAGCUCGGGGUGCGGUGGAGCGAGGACCCAGAGCUGGGGACUGCCUCCAAGAGGAGUAGGGGCGUGUGGAGGGCCGGCCGGGAAGUGUACCUGGGCGACCUGCAAGACGAAGUCAUACGGAAGCGUCUUCUGAUUGAUGGAGAUGGUGCUGGGGAUGAUCGGAGAAUUAAUCUCCUUGUGAAAAGCUUCAUUAAAUGGUGCAACUCUGGAUCCCAAGAGGAAGGAUAUAGCCAGUACCAACGUAUGCUGAGCACUCUGUCUCAAUGUGAAUUUUCAAUGGGCAAAACUUUGCUGGUAUAUGAUAUGAAUCUCAGAGAAAUGGAAAAUUAUGAAAAAAUAUACAAAGAAAUAGAAUGUAGUAUUGCGGGAGCACAUGAAAAAAUUGCUGAGUGUAAAAAGCAAAUUCUUCAAGCAAAACGAAUACGGAAAAAUCGACAAGAAUAUGAUGCUUUGGCAAAAGUGAUUCAGCAUCAUCCAGACAGGCAUGAGACAUUAAAGGAGCUAGAGGCUCUGGGCAAAGAAUUGGAGCAUCUCUCACAUAUUAAAGAAAGUGUUGAAGAUAAGCUGGAAUUGAGACGGAAACAAUUCCAUGUUCUUCUUAGUACCAUCCACGAACUUCAACAAACAUUGGAGAAUGAUGACAAGCUGUCCGAGGUGGAUGACGCUCAAGAAAGUGCCAUGGAAGCAGACCCUAAGCCGUAGACAUCGACAGGCUGACUGUCGCCAUUGGCAGGGCGGUGGAAAGCCGCACGGCUUACUGGGUUCAGCUUGUUGUGGUUGUGAGGCACUUCAGCUUUGGCAGUGAAAUGCUUUGCUUUUAAAUAUUCAUGUCUCACUCAUAUUUCUUCACACAAAGGAAAUGUGUUUGGUGUAUGUGUAUUUUUUAAAUGCAUUUUUAUUCUUCAAGGUAGAGUUCAACAUCUGAAAAUAUUUAAUAAAAUGUCUCAAGCUGGAUCUUUAUGCUUAUUUAAAACUAGGUAACUAGUAACAGUUGCCUUAUAAAAUCAGCCGAGGACUCUAAGAUUGCAUCUGGAAUAAACAUGAGGAACCCCUUUUGGAAAUGAAGUCCUUGAGCAGGCUUUAGGGGGGCCGUAAUCAAUACUUGUGCUAUGUGUUCGUUGUGGGGACAGUUUCCACACUGUUGGGAAUUGCUGGUGUAUGAGAUCAAUCCAUCUGCAUUGCUUUUCUGCUUAUUUUUCUGUUAGUGCUUGAGAAAUGUGGUUAGUAAAUGUCUCCUCUCCA